AUGGCGAGGCAGGAUGCGCUCUACAGCUUUGGGGCGAGCGGCGUGCUGAUGGAGCUGGAAGGUGACCCAGAGGGCUUGCAGCAGAAGGUACGUCUGGAGCUUGCAGAGAACACCGCGAUGCAGCUGCGUGUGCAAUCCUACGAGACCACCGUGACAGCGGGAGUACUUUCUUCCAGCGAGAUCCAGACCAUCGAGGACGAACGCGACAGUCUUCUCUGGGAGACCAUCCCGAACUUGCUGUUGCCCGGCUUGAAAUUUGUGUUGUGCCAGUAUGUGCUCCCCAAGCAUCACCCGCAAACGAGCGGCCUACACGCGCCUGGCUGA